AUGUGCUGCAAUGGCUCCAGCGACUGGAAGCGUGAAGAGGUGCCCGACCACAAGUUCGACUUCAUCGACGUCCAGGAGUACCGCGCGCGCGGGUGGCUCACCCGUGCAAAGUACGGGUUCUUCUGGCUGAUGAUGGUCAAGUCGUUUGCAGUCUACGUCGCCGACAUUUACACCGCCAUCACGCUCCUCGCCUUUGGCCACUUCAACGGCACCAACGGCAACCUCUACGACCUGGUCCAGAACGACCCGGACAACAACUUCCGCGUCCCCAUCUCCUACAGCAAGUGGAUCUUCACCGGCUGUAUCCUCUUCUCCUUCCUGCUGCUCGCCUACGAGGCGCACAAGUCGCGCGCCAUCAUCAAGAGCCGCGACAUCAGCUACGCCUACACCAAUGUCAUGUCCAACAACUACUACUCGUGCCGCAGCUACGACCACUUCUGCCUCUUCAACCAGAUCAACAACAGCAAGAAGAAGAAGGACGAGUUCGCCUUCUUUAUCUUCUUCACGUUCAAGGGCUGGAAGCGGCUGCUGGUCGCCGACGGCCCGCGCCAGGUCAUCAACUUCUUCACCCUCUACGGCCUCGGCUCGCACGCAAAGUGGAGCACCGACCCGUACGACUACUACCAGGGCAGCUGGGUCACGGGCCUCAUGAUCCUCACCAUGCUCUUCACCGUCGCUGUCUUUGCCGGCUCGAUGAUCCUCCUCAUCGCCGCCGCCGUCAUGUACAUCCCGCUGCUCUGCUACAUCAAGGGCAACCUCAAGGAGUACUGCUGCCACAAGAUCGACAAGCGCAUCUCGGAGAUGGUCAAGCGCAAGAAGAAGCAGCGGCUCAUGAAGCAGGCCGCCAUCGCCCGGAAGGAGGCCGCCGGCGACUUCUCGCACCUGAUGAACAAGAAGGGCGAGAUGGUGGGCCGCGCCAUCCCGCAGCCCACCCUGCCCAACGUCGACGUCGACCUGAUGAACGAGAAGCCCGGCAUCGGCCUGCAGCGGACCAACAGCGGAUCCAGCUCCACCGUCGCCCACAGCCAGCUAGGCUUCCACGGUGCCGACAAGGACGGCUACGGCAGCCCUUCGAUGAAUGCCUCGCGCUUCUACGGCAUGGGCAGCAACUACAGCAGCACCGCCGACCUCGUCAAGAACGCGGGUCAUGCAGGAGGCGAGGCGAUGCGGGGCGCGCCCGGCCUGCCCCCCGGCUCCGCCGCCAGCCCCGCGUUUGGAGCAGCUCACGUGCGCGGCAUGGAGACGCUCCUCGAUCAGAUGGGUCCGGUCGGAACGUCGCCGAUGCUCUUCGCCCAGCGCGUCGGUGGCCAGGGCCGCCUCUCGCCGCAACCUGGCGCUCAGGGCCAGAUGUACAACCACGGGCCGGGUCAGCCCCGGGCGUUGGUCGAUCCACAGGCUGGCCUGCUCCGAAGCCCCAACCUUGGCGCUCACCACGUCGGGCCGAGCCCGCUCAAUCCAGAGUCGCAGUGGCCGGCCCAGAGCCAAGCGGUCGAUGGACCCUACGCCAACGGCGGUCUCGACUAUCCCCCGCCCAAGGACAGUCACGGCGUCGAAGGCCUCGAGUUCCCACCACCGGCGCCAUCCGACCUGUCGUCGUACGUGCCUUAUUCCAACGGCGCGGACCACAAUGGAGCUAGCGGUGCCCAGGACCACAGCCGUCUCCCAUCCUUCGCCUUUGAGACGGCAUCCAGCACGCUGCACGAUCACGGUGCACAAGCGGGCGCCUACGCAGUGGGGGAGCCGCCGUACCAGCACCAGCACCAGCAGCAGUACUACAACAGUGGACAUGCCGCCUCGGCGGGCAACUCGGCGUCGCCUAGCCCAGAUCCGAGCACGCGCGGCUACGAGGAUCUCUACGACGCCUACUUGACCUCGCAGAACCCAUCGCAGUCAGUGACGCCCGAGAGGCGCAACAGCGGCUAUGUCGGGGAGACUGCGGGUGGCGACUGGCAUGCCCAUGGCUACGCCUCGAACGGCUCACCAGGGCAGGAUGCACAGGCGGCAUGGGACCAGGGCGGGGCGCACCAGGUCCAGAACGGCUACGCCAGCAGCCAGCAUGCGGAUCAGCAGUACCAUGACCAGCAUCAGCAGCAGCAGCAGCAUUACGACCAGCAGCAACAUGGGCAGUAUCAGCAACAGCAGCAGUACUCGGGGCAUCAGGACUAUGACGGCCGGUACCACCAUCAUUACGAUCACCACGAGCAGUCUGCUGCGCAGACCCAAGAUCGCCCCUGA